UAUACACACUUCCGGCAUCGUCAAACGGGAUCAAGAAACGGCAAGGGGAAGAAACAAUACCACUACAGAAGAAAAAAGAUGUCAUACAGAGAUAGAAUGUUCGAUUCUUCGGGACGUUCUGAUAGGAAAGGAUUUGGAGCAAGUAGUGGUUUACCCAAAGCUUUUGGGUCCUCAAAGUUUGGAGAUCGAGGAGGUCCCAGAAGUGGAGGAAGAGGGGGAGGUGGGGGGAGAUUUGGAAUGGAUAGAGGUGGUAUGCGAGGUGGUAAAAUGGGCAAAGGACAUCAACCUGGAGAAAAUUUACGCAAGCCUAGGUGGGACAUGUCACGACUACAGAAGUUUGAGAAAAAUUUCUAUGUAGAACAUCCAGGUGUUUCCAGCAGAUCACAGAUGGACAUUGAUCAGUUUUAUAAUGAACAUCAAGUAACAGUUAAGGGCACAGGUAUACCUAAGCCUAUCUUCGCAUUUGAAGAAGGCGGAUUUCCAGAUUAUGUAAUGUCCACAUUCCGUCGCUUGGGCUGGACUAGACCCACUAGCAUUCAGACUGUAAGUUGGCCGGUUGCAAUGUCUGGGAGAGAUGUUGUUGGAAUUGCACAGACUGGUUCUGGAAAAACAGCAGGGUUUAUUGUGCCAUCCAUUGUACACAUAAAUCAUCAGCCACACUUGCAACCUCAUGAUGGACCCAUUGUUCUUGUAUUGGUACCAACCAGAGAACUGGCCCAACAAGUACAGGAAGUAGCAAAUGAUUUUGGCCAUGCUUCCAGAAUAAGGAAUGUUUGUGUUUAUGGUGGUGCUCCAAAAGGACCUCAGAUACGAGACUUGGAGAGAGGUGCUGAAAUCUGCAUUGCAACACCUGGGCGAUUGAUUGAUUUUCUGGAGGCAGGAAAAACAAACCUCAGAAGGUGCACCUAUCUUGUAUUGGACGAGGCAGAUAGGAUGUUAGACAUGGGUUUUGAACCUCAGAUCAGAAAAAUUGUAGAACAAAUCAGACCUGACAGACAAACCCUAAUGUGGAGUGCCACUUGGCCAAAGGAUGUGAGAAAAUUGGCCGAGGAUUUCCUGAAAGAGUACAUCCAGCUUAACAUUGGGGCACUUCAGCUGAGUGCAAAUCACAACAUUCUGCAAAUUAUUGAUGUCUGUGAUGAAAAUGAAAAGGAAUUUAAGCUGACCAAAUUACUGGAAGAAAUCAUGCAAGAAAAGGAAAACAAGACCUUAAUUUUCACAGAAACAAAGAGAAAGGCAGAUGAAAUAACCAGAAGAAUGAGGAGAGAAGGCUGGCCAAUGAUGUGUAUACAUGGAGAUAAAUCUCAACAAGAGAGAGACUGGGUCUUAAAUGGAUUUAGGUCUGGCCAGACUCCCAUUCUUGUUGCCACAGAUGUUGCGUCCAGAGGGUUAGAUGUUGGAGACAUCAAAUUUGUCAUAAACUUUGACUACCCCUCCUCAUCGGAGGACUACGUCCACAGGAUUGGACGAACUGCCAGAGCAGGACAAACAGGGACAGCCUACACAUUCUUCACUCCCGACAAUGUCAAACAAGCAAAUGAUCUCAUCUCUGUCCUUCAAGAGGCCAAACAAGUGGUCAAUCCAAAAUUGGUGACUUUAAGUCAGAGUGCCAGGUUCGGAGGUCGGAAAUCCAGAUUUGAUGAUAAGAGAGACAAAUUCGGUAGGGGCUAUGGAGGGGGUGGUCGUGACAGGGGGGGCUCUAGGGGUGGAAUGGGCUCUAGGGGUGGAUAUGGGGGUCGAGGUGGAAGCAGCGCUAGUGCAAGUAGAGGAAGUGGGGGGAGUUCAUCUGGGUUCAAUACGCGAUCAGGUGGCAGUAGAUUCUCUAGCUCAGAUAGGGGGAGCUCAGGGGGUGGUAGAGGGUAUGGUUCCCAGAGUCAGAGUAGUGGAUAUGGGGGCAGUCAGAGUUACUCUCAACCAAACGGAUCUACCUCUGGUAGCUAUGGACAGCAGAAUGGAUAUGGAAGUCAACAAAGGGGAGGAGCUAGUAGUAGUGGGGCCAAUGAUUGGUCCAAUCAGAUGGCCUACAUGUUCAACAGUUGGUCUGGUCAACAACCGUCCGCGGGACAGCCUCCUCUCCCCACAGGAAAUCCCCCACCCCCUCCUCCCAUGUAAUGAACACAUUUCAUUCAGGAUCUUUCUUUUUAUUUGUAAUUUUUACUCAUUUGUUAGAAACAUGUUUUACUGUGAUUAUAUUUCUCAUUUCAUGUCGUGUUUUAUUUAUAUUUUUUUUUAAAAUUCUCCAUCGAUAUUUCUGAAAGUGACCAAUUUUAUAGAGAACUGUAAGUAAGUAGCAAAGUAAUCCAAAAGUUGAUUACUUAUAUAAAGACAUUUUUGUUCAUUCUUGUUGUCAUAUGAAGAGAGAAAGUUAAUAAAAAAAUUUGCUACACUU